AUGUACAGUAAUUAUGGAAGCACUGCAGCAACACCUUCACAGGUUACCGCUGUCAUCCAGGUUUUCGAGGAUAUAUCUUCCAAGAUUCUUAAGAUACGUUUACUUGCGAAUGAAUUGGAAACACUGAAUAAAAGCAUUAGCAUAACUGGAAAUUCUAAAGCUAAAUCGGAUCUCUUAAACAAGCGUGAAAAAGAUGCCCUGGGACUGGUUGAUGAAACUAAAAAUCUUUUUAUAAAUCUUUCUAAAGAGCCGUUAUCGGAUCAGAUAACCAAGAUUCAUGUAGAGAAACUCAGAGUUGACUUUCAGCGGGUGCUUCACCGGUUUCAAAGGACACAAGCUGAAAUACAAAGACGACUACUUACUGAAAGUCGGCCACCUUCACUCGUUGGUGAUUUAAUCAAUUUGAACCCGGAUGAAAGUGAUGAAGCCAAAAUCAGCCAACUACAAGCGUUCUCAUCACAGGAUGCUGAAAUUCAAGAAUUAGGAAGAGUUCUAAAUCAGGAAGAUCAGAUGCGUUCCAUUGAGGAAGAUAUUGUAAAUGUGAAUGAAAUUUUUCAUCAACUUUCCCAGUUGGUGUAUGAACAACGAGAGGCUAUUGAUUCAAUUGAAGAUAAUAUUGAAGUGGCACUAACUAAUGAACACUCCGGUCAUUCAGAACUUGUUCGAGCUGCGGACAGGCGGCAGAGAUCCCGAAAAUGUUGUUGUAUAUUUGUAGCUACUUUGUUUGUGAUCAUUUUAAUUGUGAUAAUUAUCCUAUUUAUUGAGUAUCCUCCGAAACGAACACAGUAGAAGAAAAUUACACGCAUGCUCACAGAAACACAAGUGUCUAUACUUCCUCUGUAUAUAUACACAUAUAAUUUAUGCAAACUUAAUCAUGAAUCAUUUUCUAAUCCUGUUCAGAAUAAUUUUUACAGUCAUCUUAUUCGUAGUCGCUAAACUCGCCAUUUUAUCAUUUUUAUUUUUUUAGUCCUAAAAUGAAGUGUAUAAACAUUGACACCCAUACACACACGCUUAUACAUUUACUAAUGCGUAUCAUAAGUUGACGUUUCUUAUUUUGAUAACAUACAUGAGAAGAACAAACAAUCGUACUUUCACACAUACA